AUGAAAGACGACGUCGUUAUCAAGCUCCUUUCCGUAGAUCCUCAAAAUUACGAUGACGCUCCACUAGAAGGUAUCCGCCGUCUCCUCUCCAAGUUCACUGGCAAAGACAUCCCUCGAGGCGAACCGCUAGACACGACCAAGAUCGAGAGCAUAAGAAUGGGCACAACUGUAGCAACAAAUGCUUUGCUAGAGAGAAAAGGUGAAGAUAUCGCUAUGGUAGUCACAAAAGGCUUCAAGGAUUGUCUGGAGAUUGGCAACCAGAGCAGACCCAACAUCUUCGAUUUGGCCAUCAAGAAGCCUGAAGUUCUGUACAAAAGAGUCGUCGAGAUUGAGGAAAGAGUCACACUGGAAGACUACGCCGAGGACCCUACAAGGAAUCAGACAGAGGCUAAGGCUAUUGAAGAGGCUGGCGACAAUGCCGAGCUUGUGAAGGGCUUGUCAGGCGAGGCCGUUCGCAUUCUCAAGAGACCCGACCAUGAUCAAAUACGCAAGCAGUUGCAGGAAGUCUACGAUUCUGGCCUCAGGAGUAUUGCAGUCUGCCUCAUGCACGGCUACACAUUCCCAAAGCAUGAAGCCUUGGUUGGCAAGAUCGCAAAGGAGAUUGGCUUUGAACACGUCAGUUUAAGUCACGAGCUUAUGCCAAUGAUCAAGCUUGUUCCUCGCGCGACCUCAGCUUGCGCCGAUGCCUACCUUACUCCUGCCAUUCGCAAAUACAUUGAUGGUUUCCAGAAAGGGUUCGAAGGUGGACUAGGCACUGCCAGCGUCAAGAAUGAGGAAGGUGCAAGAGGAGCGCGAUGCGAAUUCAUGCAGUCAGACGGAGGUUUGGUCGAUGUCGACUCGUUUUCAGGUCUACGCGCUAUCUUGAGUGGACCCGCUGGAGGUGUGGUCGGAUAUGCUUUGACCUCAUACGACCCCAAGACAAAAACACCCGUCAUCGGCUUCGACAUGGGCGGAACUAGCACUGAUGUAUCAAGAUACGGAGAAGGAAGAUAUGAACAUGUCUUCGAGACUACGACCGCUGGUGUUACUAUCCAAUCGCCUCAGCUCGAUAUCAACACUGUCGCUGCUGGAGGAGGUUCACGAUUGUUCUUCAAGAACGGAUUGUUUGUCAUCUUUGGCAAGAACGAAGACGAAGGUCUGGAUCCUGAAGCCAGCGAGAAGCUUUUCGAAGAGCUCACAACGAAGAUCAACCAGGAAGUCAAGGACAAGAACAUGUCUGCUGAUGAAGUCGCUUACGGCUUCAUCAAAAUCGCCAACGAGACCAUGACAAGACCUAUUCGCAGCUUGACCGAAGCAAGAGGUCAUGAUACCUCAAAGCAUAGACUUGCGACUUUUGGUGGUGCUGGUGGUCAGCAUGCAGUUGCUAUUGCUGAAGCUCUCGGAAUCAGUCAAAUUCUUAUCCACCGCUACUCUUCAGUUCUUUCUGCGUAUGGCAUGGCAUUAGCUGAUGUCGUUGACGAAAGACAAGAACCCGAUUCCAAGGUGUGGUCUGACGAUGGUGAUGUUCGCAAAUACUUCCAAAGCAAGAUGGAGGAGCUCAAGAAGAAGUCAAGAGCCACUUUGAAAGAUCAGGGCUUCGAUGAAGAUCACGUACACUUCGAGGAGUAUCUCAACAUGAGGUAUCGAGGAACCGAGUCAGCCUUGAUGAUCAUCAAGCCGAGCAAAGAAGAUGCUGAAAAGAAGUUCGACGGCGACGACUGGGCCUUCGGAAAAGCAUUUGUCGAGCAGCAUGAACAAGAGUUUGGUUUCACUCUUCCCGACAGAGAUAUCAUCGUUGAUGAUGUCAGAGCUCGUGGCAUCGGCAAGACUUUUGAAGGCCUGGAGAAGACUGUUGAUCAGCAAUUGCAAGAAGUCAAGCCCAAGGAUGUUGGUAAAGACGAGAAGAUCUACGGCAAGUCCCAGGUGUACUUUGAGGGAGGUCGACAAGAGACGUCCAUUUACAAGCUUGAGGACCUUGCUCUUGGUGACCGCAUCCAGGGACCUGCAAUCAUCGCUGAUGGUACUCAAACCAUUGUCGUGACGCCUGGCGCGUCUGCUCUGGUCAUCGACACACAUGUUGUUAUCAAUAUUGGUGAGAGCGACGGAUCUGAGAAGAAGCUCGACACCGAGACUGUUGAUCCGAUUAUGCUCAGUAUCUUUGCACAUCGAUUUAUGGCAAUCGCAGAACAAAUGGGUCGCGCGUUGCAAAAGACCAGUGUCAGCACUAACGUCAAGGAGCGAUUGGACUAUUCGUGCGCUCUCUUUGACUCAAGCGGCGGCCUUGUUGCUAACGCGCCGCACCUGCCUGUCCACUUGGGUAGCAUGAGUACUUGCGUCCAGAAGCAAGCCAAGAUCUGGGAAGGCAAGCUCAAACGUGGUGAUGUUUUGGUCUCGAACCAUCCCAUGUAUGGCGGUACUCACUUGCCUGAUAUCACAGUCAUCACACCAGCAUUCAGUGGCGACAAGAUCGUCUUCUAUGUCGCGUCCAGAGCCCAUCACGCGGAUAUCGGAGGUAUCCUUCCUGGCUCCAUGCCUCCUCAUUCUCGAGAGCUCUUCCAGGAAGGAGCAUCGAUCAAGACAGAAAAGCUGGUUUCGGAAGGCAGAUUCAAUGAGAAACGCAUCACAGAACUCUUGCUCGACGAGCCAGCACAACAUCCUGGUUGCAGUGGCACUCGUUGCCUUGCAGACAACAUCUCUGACUUGAAAGCUCAAGUUGCCGCUAACCAAAAGGGUAUCAACUUGAUCAACACUCUCAUUGACGAUUACAGCGAGAAUGUCGUACAAUUCUACAUGAGAAGCAUUCAGCAAAACGCAGAAAACAGUGUUCGCAUGCUGCUCAAAGAUGUCAGCAAGCGGUUUGAGGGUCAAGACUUGUCAGCUGUCGACUACAUGGAUGACGGCAGCCCUAUCAAGCUAAACGUAUACGGAAACACAAACGCACCCGAAGCAGUAACCUACAGCGCAAUAAUCUACUGCCUCCACUGCCUCAUCAGCGAAGACAUACCCCUAAACCAAGGCUGUCUAACCCCCAUCCACGUCAAAAUCCCAAAGAAGUCCUUCUUGUCGCCUUCGGCUACUGCUGCCGUGGUGGGCGGUAACGUACUCACCUCCCAACGCGUCACCGAUGUCGUUCUCAAGGCUUUCCAAGCCUGCGCUGCUUCCCAAGGCGAUUGCAACAACCUCACCUUUGGGUUCGGAGGCAAUGCAGAUGGAAAGGAACACGUCAAGGGUUUUGGCUACUACGAAACCAUUGCGGGAGGCUCAGGCGCAGGACCCACAUGGGAUGGAACCAAUGGCGUGCACACACACAUGACAAACACGCGCAUUACAGACUCGGAGGUGUUUGAACGUCGCUACCCGGUUGUCUUGCGUGAGUUUAGUUUGCGUGCUGGAUCCGGAGGCAAAGGUCAACAUCAGGGCGGUGAUGGCGUUGUUCGCGAUAUCGAGUUUAGGAUUCCUGUGCAGGUGUCUAUUCUUAGUGAGCGUCGUGUUUACCAUCCUUAUGGUCUUGCUGGUGGUCAAGACGCGGAGUGCAAAGUGGAGGAGGAGCAGGAAGUCAGGUAUAUCAACUUGGGAGGCAAGAACACUGCUGCCUUCCAGCCUGGCGAGAGAAUUAUCAUCAAUACGCCAGGUGGUGGCGGUUGGGGACCUGUUGGUGAGGAGAGUAAAGCCAGCAAACUGUGGAGUGAUCCGAAGAGUCACUGGAAGGGCGGAAGUGUCGCUGCUAGGCAAGCUGAAGGAGAGGCUAGUGCUUAA